GCAUGACCCGGUCGUGCAUAUCGAAGGAGCCGUGAUUGAACAGGUUAUGCUUUAUGAACCCGAGGAACACGAGGCGUGACAUGCCCUAAUUGGGCCCGCGGAAGUGGCACGAUAUCCGCUGUUCGAUAGGUGUUUGUGGCGACAUUGGUGGUUAACUGUCCCAAGAGAACGGUUCUUGUGCCGUGGGGGUGCGUUCGAGACAGGUAGAAAAGUUCAACCCAAACAACCCUCUCGAAGCCGUGAAGGACAACAUGUCGAGGCCGUUCCAAGAGAAAUUGGUUAUCAUUACCGGCGCCUCUCGAGGCCUCGGUGCCGGUCUUGCUCGCUAUCUUGCUGGGAAAGGCGCCGACGUAGUCAUCAACUACACCUCAGACAACUCGACACCCGCAGCAAAGGAGCUUGCCGAAGAGCUUCAGUCCCAGCAUGGCGUGAAAGCGGUGGUGGCUCAAGUCGAUAUAACUACGCCGGAGGGUCCCGAGAAGCUGAUGGAAAUCGCCAAGUCGAACUUCACCAAAGACGAUGGCAAUUUCCAAAUCGACUUCUUGAUCAAUAAUGCCGGCGUCGUCAAUCCUGCGCCGAUGGGCUCCGUCACCCUGGGAGAUUUCGAGAAUACCUUCAAACUGAACGCACGUGCCCCGCUCUUCGUCAUACAGGCGGCCAUGCCCUAUCUUCCGAACGAUCGGUCUGGACGAAUCGUUAACGUCUCCAGUAUAACCACAAGCAUGGGCUUUUGGUGGCAGACUUGCUACGCAGGCACAAAGGGCGCUUUAGAAGCCAUGACCCGCGUCUGGGCUCGCGAACUAGGGGAACGCGCAACCGUCAAUUCGAUCAAUCCGGGCGCCAUGGCAACUGGAAUGUAUACUGGACUUCCAAAAGAGAUGCUGGAGAAGGUAUGGUCGCUGAACUACAUGGCGCCCCUGGCUAGGACACGGGAGGGAAUCGAUUCACAGGAGACUAUUGACGCCGCGAAAGAUAUGGGUGGAAGGCCGGCGUAUUUGGAGGAGGUUGCAGGCAUUGUCGGCUUGCUUUGUAUGCCCGAGGCUGGCUGGAUUACAGGGCAAGUCAUUGGAAGUAAUGGAGGAGGCGUGAUGACGAAGGGCUGAGCAUGACGAGAUGGAAAAUUCGUGAGAUGGAAAGCGCGAGCAUUUAGCCGACUAAUUUCAACGCGGUUGCACGUGAUGGUUCCACAACCACGAAAUCCGAGAUAUGCAAGUUGAUAAGCCGUUGUAGAAAUAUAUGCACUAGAUUGAGCGAUAAUGAUGCUUGGCUUUUACAGGCCAGCUCGCCGUUGGACGAUGGU